AUGGGAAAGAAGCAAAUCGACCCCCGAAUUCCGGCUCUGAUCCGAAACGGAGUCCAGGAAAAGCAGCGUUCUUUCUUCAUCAUUGUUGGAGAUAAUGCGAAAAACCAACUCCCCAACCUGCACUACCUCAUGUCGUCCGCAGACAUUCGAAUGAACAAGUCUGUUCUGUGGGCCUACAAACACAAGUUGCUGGGAUUCACCUCGCACAGAAAGAAGCGAGAGACCAAGAUCAAGAAGGAGAUCAAGCAGGGCAUCCGAGAGGUCAACCAAGAGGAUCCCUUUGAGCUGUUUGUCUCUCUGCAGAACAUUCGAUACUGCUUCUACAAGGACACUGAGAAGAUUCUCGGUAACACCUACGGCAUGUGUAUCCUGCAAGACUUUGAGGCUCUGACCCCUAAUCUGCUGGCCCGGACUAUUGAGACUGUCGAGGGUGGAGGUAUUGUGGUUAUGAUGCUUAAGAGCAUGGCCUCCGUAAAGCAACUGUAUACUAUGACCAUGGAUAUCCACUCCCGAUACCGAACUGAGGCCCACAAUGAUGUUGUUGCCCGUUUCAACGAGCGAUUCUUGCUGUCUCUUAAUGACUGUCGAACGUGUCUCGUUGUUGAUGACGAGCUCAACGUUCUCCCCAUCUCGGGAGCCAAGACAGUCAAAGCUCUGCCUCCUCUUGACGAGGACGAGGAUGUUCCUGAGAACGUCCAGGCUCUUCGAGACCUUAAGGAUUCUCUUGCUGACAUCAAGCCCACCGGUGACCUGGUUAAGAUUGCAAAGACUGUGGACCAGGGUAAGGCUAUCCUGACUUUCAUCGAUACGAUUGUUGAGAAGAACCUCAAGAGCACAGUUGCUCUUACCGCUGGCCGAGGUCGAGGUAAGUCGGCUGCUCUUGGUGUGGCAAUUGCUGCCGCUGUUGGCCAGGGCUACUCCAACAUCUUCAUCACCUCUCCUUCCCCCGAAAACUUGAAGACCCUCUUCGAGUUCAUCUUCAAGGGAUUCGAUGCCCUAGGAUAUGAGGAGCAUGUUGACUACGACAUCCAGCAGUCCACCAACCCUGCUUUUAACAAGGCCAUUGUCCGAGUCAACAUCUUCAAGUCCCAUCGACAGACAAUUCAGUACAUUGUCCCUGGCGACUCGCAUGUUCUGGGUCAGGCGGAGCUGGUCGUAAUCGAUGAGGCUGCCGCAAUUCCGCUCCCCGUUGUGAAGAAACUGCUUGGUCCCUACCUUGUCUUCAUGGCUUCUACCAUCAAUGGUUACGAAGGUACUGGUCGAUCUCUAUCUCUUAAGCUGAUCCAGCAGCUGCGAGAGAGCUCUGGAAAGACUCAGAUGGGCCGAACUCUGCAUGAAGUUGUGCUGGAUGAGCCCAUCCGAUACGCUCCUGGUGACCCCGUCGAGAAGUGGCUCAACAAGCUGCUGUGCCUCGACGCCACUAUUGCUCCCAAGGCCAAGAAUGCUGCCACUCCUCACCCUGACAAGUGUCAGCUUUUUGCCGUCAACAGAGACACUCUCUUCUCCUACCAUGCGGUCUCUGAGGCAUUUUUGCAUCGAAUGAUGGCUCUCUACGUGGCAUCUCAUUACAAGAACACUCCCAACGAUCUGCAGCUGCUGUCCGAUGCUCCCGCUCAUCAGCUCUACGUUCUUCUGGGCCCCCAGGAGGGUAACCAGCUUCCCGAGCCUCUGGUUGUUGUCCAGGUUGCGCUUGAAGGUGAGAUUUCAAAGGACAGUGUUCGAAACGCCUUGUCUAGAGGCCAGCGAUCUAGCGGUGACCUGAUCCCCUGGCUCAUGUCCCAGCAGUACCAGGACGACGAAUUUGCAUCUCUCUCUGGCGCUCGAAUCGUCAGAAUUGCCACCAACCCCGAGUACAUGGGUAUGGGCUACGGUGGCCGAGCUCUGGACUUGCUUCAGGAUUACUUUGAGGGAAAGUUCACAGAUAUCUCCGAGCGAACGUCUCUCGAGAACCAGUCUAUUGUCCGAGUUACCGACGCAGAACUUGCCAAGGGCAAGCUGACCGAUAAGAUCACGGUUCGAGACGCUGCCUCCAUGCCUCCUCUGCUGAACAAGCUGUCCGAGAUUCCUCCCCAUCGACUCAACUACAUGGGUGUUUCUUACGGUCUUACCAACCAGCUGCACAAGUUCUGGAAGCGAAACGGCUACGUACCUGUAUACCUGCGACAGACAGCCAACGAGCUCACUGGUGAGCACACUUGUGUCAUGCUUCGAGGUCUCAAGGGUCAGGACGACUCCUGGCUCGCCGAGUUCUCCAGUGACUUUCACAAGCGGUUCCUCACUCUUCUUUCUUUUGAGUUCAGCUCGUUCACCGCUUCUCAUGCUCUAUCACUUGUGGAGUCUGCCAAGUCGAUGAACAAGAAGGAGAGAGUUCCUGUCACCAAGGCCGAGCUUGACCGACUCUUCACUCCCUUUGAUCUGAAGCGACUCGAGUCCUAUGCCAACAACCUGUUGGAUUACCACGUCAUUGUCGAUAUGCUUCCUGCAAUUGCUACAAUGUACUUCCGAGACCAGUUCCCUGCCAACAUCAAGCUGUCUAUUGUUCAGUCUGCUGUUCUGCUUGGUAUUGGUCUUCAACGAAAGGACAUGGACAAGAUGUCUGCUGAGCUCAACCUGUCUGUUUCUCAAAACAUGGCGAUGUUCUCCAAAAUCAUCCGAAAGGUGUCCAAUUACUUCCGAGAGGUGCUCUCUUCUGCCAUCGACGAGCAGAUGCCCAAGCAGCUUCAUGAAGAUGUCCGAGAGCUGGAUGGCGAGGAGGAUAUGUUUGGCGAGGUCCAGGAGGAUGUUACUGACGAGCUUGAGGAGGCUGGAGAUGAGGUGACCGCGGCUCUUAGAGAGAAGCAGCGAGAACUCAUCAAUGCCUUGGAUCUCAACGAGUUCAAGAUCAACGACGAUGACUGGGAGGGAGCCAAGAAGGGGGCUUCCAAGGCUGCUACCGGCAAGGCUGGCACAACUCUUGCUGUGCGCAACAGCAGCAAAGAGAAGAAGCGAAAGGCCGAGAGUGUCGAUAGCAUCUACAAAGAGGAGAUGAACGCUCUCAAGUCUGCCAAGAAGAGCAAGAAGGGCAAGAAAUAA